AUUAAUCCUCUCACAUGCCUCGUCAGCCGCAGAGACCCUCCAAGACAUCCUCGACAUGUUGGAGGAGCUCAGUUUGACUCUACCGAGGCUACAACUGUACGAGCAGACGUUACCACCGAGCCGCCCGCUCCAACAGGCCCUGUUAGACGUGUACUGCGAGAUCAUUUGCUUCUACGCUCGUGCCAUUCACUUUCUUCGUGACAACCCCCAUCUGAUCCUUCGGAAGAAUGCAUGGCAAGCCUUUCGCAGCGAUUUCUCCCGGACAAUUAUGCGGAUAAAGCGCAUGUCGUCUGCCGUCGAGAGCGAGGCCGACCUAGCGCGAAUGCGCAAAGACGGGCUCCAGUACAAGGAAGUGCUGGAGCUCUUGACCACAAUGAAAGCGAAGCAGACAGAGGACGCGAAGCAAUUGCGCUGGAACAAUAUUCCAAAUGCGAUCAAUGCCAGAUUUAGUGGCCGCGAUGAAAUUCUUGCCGCAAUUGACGAGGCCAUCGGUCCGGAAAGCGCUGCCGCCUUGUUCAAAUCGGUGGCCUUGGUCGGCAUGGGAGGUGUCGGCAAAACACAGACCGCGAUACAGUUCGCAUAUCGCAACCUGGACAAGUUUGACGUCAUCAUGUGGAUUUCGGCUGAUAAUGCCAUAUCAAUCGGGCAGGCCUUUCGCACAAUUGCGGUCGGGCUCCAUUUGCUCGAAAACGAAGAGGAGGAAGCGAAUGCUGCUGCCGCAACCUACAAGGUGAAGACAUGGCUGGCCACAACGAAGUCUACAUACCUUCUCGUGCUUGACAACGCGGACGAUAUUGCUGCCCUGAAACUAGCGUGGCCGGGGACUGUGCGUGGGUCGGUUCUCUUGACGACGCGAGACUUGACCGUUGCGAUGCCACUAGUCACCAAGACUAUUUCGGUCAGCCCUUUGAGCGUUACGGAUGGGAGUCGUAUGCUUUUAAAGGCUAUUGAACAAGAAAGCCCCUCGUCAGACGAUGAGGUACAUGCUCUUGCAAUUAGCGAAGCGUUUGGAGGGCUUCCCCUAGCCCUCACACAGGCUGGCGGGUUCAUAAAGCAGAGAAAGCUAUGUCUGCGAGACUUUCUACCACUCUACAAGCGCCAUGCGACAAAAAUUGACGCACGCAAGAUUCCUGGGAGCGACUACGAGCAUACUCUGAGCACCGUGUGGGAUGUUUCCUUGGAGAAGCUCAACGAUACAUCCGUCUGCCUUCUGAACUUGCUCUCAUUCCUUGACCCGGACGGCAUUUUUGAGGAGGUCUUGAUGCAGGGAUCCCAAGGGAUUUGCGACGAAGAGUUUUCUUUUCUAUCCGACGAGAUGAACUUGGGCGAUGCCUCCGAGGAGCUACUCAAAACUUCGCUCAUCAACCGAACAGCCGAGUCGGCAAGUCUGUCGAUGCAUCGCCUUUUGCAGUCAGCAAUCCAAGGAAGACUCACCAAGUCAGAAAGCACCAGGUACAUCGAUCUUGUAGUGGACUUGCUCUGCUGGGGAUUCCCAGAUCAUUCGAGCGCAGACAUUGGUCACCAGAUAGCAGCAUGGUCCCGGUGCGAGAAAUGCUUGCCACACGUUAAUCAACUGGCGCAUGUUGCAAAAGCUCAGGGCAAGCGCCCGGGAGAUCCUCAAAGAUUCGCGCGUCUCCUGCUCCGGUGCGGCUGGUACCUCUACGAGAGAGAGCUGUAUACCAUUGCCAAGGAAAUGGCAGAGCAGGCAGUUUCUGCCUUUGUAGACAAGACAAGCUUGGAAUAUGCCAGCGCCAUCGACCUUGGCGGACUGAUAGACCUGGAUCUGGCACAGCCUUUCAAAGCUCUAAAGCCCUUUAAGCGGGCUCUGGAAAUCCGAAAGGCCAAUCUCGGGCCAGAGGAUCCUUUCAUUGCCUACAGUCUAAAUAACAUAGCCCUGGCGUACUGCGAGAUGGGCGAGCUGGAUCUCGCUAUGGCAGCUCACGAAGAGGCAAUCCGCUUACGGGUCAAGGCGCAGAGCGAUAGGAUUGGCAACUCGUACAGCAAUUUUUCGAGUCUCCUACUUCGUAUGGGUCGUCCAGACGAAGCUGAACAGAUGCUUGCGAGGUGCCCAUCCUUGAAGGACUUCCAGGACGAAACCUUCCUCAGCACUGGCAACCCUCGCUUCUCCGGCGAUAUGGUGUUACUUUCUCGCAUUCGACUCGCCCAGGGACGACUAGUCGACGCUUUGAGGCUAGCUUCCAAGGCUUUGGCCUUUCGUCGGCAGCUGCUCGGCAACCGGCUCAAGACAUGCGACUCGCAAUUCGACGUGGCCUCCAUGCUGCUGAAACAAGGCCACGAGAGCUCAGCUAUACAACUACUCGAGGAGGUGGUGGGCAUAUCGGAAACAUUUGUGGAGGGGGAGGGCCAGCGGGCCCGUGCUUUAUAUAAGCUUGCGAAAAUCUAUGAAGACCGAGGCAUGCCAGCAGAGUGCUCGGCUUUCCGGGAACAGGCAAUGGCCUUGCGAGCGUCACUAAGACCGGAUCUUGAACAUGCGCCUUUCGAGGAAGCCGAGUUUGCCAAGUUAUGUUUAUGGAUGCUAUGGUAGAUACGUCGAGCUGGUCUUAUAAGCAUUAGUCUAAAAAGAAUAAUACCUUACAUUUAGACCUAUCUAAUAGACUUACUAUGC